GUGGAGCCGCCGAGGAGGCCGAGGAGGCCGAGGAGGCCGAGGCCGAGGCCGAGGAGGAGUGCAUCGAGAUUCUGGAUGAGGAAGACGAAGGCGAGGCGUAUGGAGAAGACCAGCCAGACGAGUCGGCAGAGGUAGCUCCCAAAGAAUUGGAGGACCCAAGCUCGACAUGGCAGGUGGCGGAGGAGACCCCGUUGCUUCCACCAGAUGGCUUCGACGAACCGAGGCAACUGCUCGAGGAGGAUACUUUGCCGGAGGAGGCAGAGACUCUCGAAGUUUACGAAGAGGCAGAGGAUUUCAUGGAAGAGGCUGCCGAAGUGGGGGAAGUGGGGGAGGGGCUCGUCUUUGAAGAGGAGGAGGCACUUGUCCCGUACGGCGAUGCCGAUGCUGACGAGGCAGGGGUACUGCUUCCCGAGACGGCCGAGGAAGAUCUCCAGGAAGCCGAGGAGCCCUUGGACCUGGAGCUCCUGGAGCCGGAGGGCGAGGCGGCGGAGCCUCCUGGUGAGGUCGGCGAGGAACCUGCAUCCUUCGACAUCCAGGACGUCGAUGGCAGCUUCGAGGACCCCAUCGCAGGAGAUUUGAGCUCCAAGCCACUGCGAUCGCCCUCCGAGGUGUGCCCCCAAGUGGACGACUUUAUCCAGCUUCAUGAUGGCCAGGCACCGAAGCCGACUCCGAAGCCGAUCCCGAAGCGGUAUCCGUUUCGGCGCCCGCAGCCGCCGGCUGAGGAUCUCGCACUCGCCCUGAGAGACUUUGAGGCUGAGCUAGAGCCGAUGAGUGAGGACGACGAGACCGAGCCUUCAUGGCUCCGUGGCGACGGUAUCGAGGUGCCCGACCCAAAGGUGGCCGAGGAUGCCGAGGUUUGCGCCGCCUUUCUCGAUGGCCUCACCGCGGGCGACGUCGAACUCGACAUGGCCUUUCCACAGUACGUGCCGAAUCUGGCGCGCUACCUCGUGUGCCAUCCAGAGGCUCUGGUUUCCAAGAAGCGGAAGGGCCACAAGAAAGGCGCCGGGAAGCGAUACUUCGGUGCUGAAGAACGCUCUGAGGACGUCAUGGCCGACAAGGUGAUCGUCGGGUGCUGGGUCUGCGGCAAGCUAGACCACGAGAGCCAGGACUGUGUCUUUAAACGGUGCUUUGUUUGCUCAGAGCAGGGUCACGAGAGCUCCGAGUGCCAAAUCCGGCACCUGAGUUGCAGCAGGUGUCGACGCCAGGGCCAUGUGGCGGAGUACUGCCCCCAGGAGGUCUAUGACGAUGGGCUGAAUAAUGAGGCCGACGUCAGCUUCUGUCGCUGCCUGAAGUGCGGUGAAGAAGGUCACAUCAACUGCUGCGAAGUGAUCCCGGAUGCUAGCCGCUUCAUCUUCCUGCAGGAGCAGAGCCCAUCGGAACCGAGCCUGCGGGAAAUAGGGCGGCAGGGCUCCGAAGACUUCUCGCCAAGCUGGCAGCCGCAGCAACAGGGUUGGAACGGAUACCGAGGCGGCUGGGGCUUCGACGACUGGUCCGCGGCAGGUCCGAAGGCCUUCUUUGACCUCGCGCCGUGGUUGCUCCAGGGCGCCGCCACUGGCAAUUUUGGAUGGGCUCCGCCGCCGGGCGAUGGCGGUGGCUACGGUGGCGGAAGAAAUGGUGGUGGCGGCUGGCGAAAUGGCAACAGCAAAGGUUGGGGUGGCAGCGGCUGGGGCAACGGAUGGGGCCGCUCCCAAAGCUGGGACGAUGGCUGGUCCUCCCAGAAGCGACGCAGGCAAAACUACUGA